AUGGACUCCUCGCGCAAGCGUCAGCGCAGUGUUGACGAGGGCAAUGAAUUCGGAGCUUUGGCAUCUCUCUCGCGGCCCAUCAGCCCUCCGCGGAAAAAGUUUCGCCAGGUUGUGCAGAAGUCGCCAUGGCAGCUCACUAGAAUUCGAGAUGUCCCGGAGGAAUUGAACAAGGAUACCGUGACUCUAGAGGACAUCCUCGGUGACCCCUCCAUCACCGAGUGCUGGCAGUUCAACUUUCUUCACGAUAUCCCCUUCGUGAUGGAUGCCUUUGAUCAGCGCGUCAGAGAUUCGGUUCAGUUACACGUGGUUCACGGAUUCUGGAAAAGAAAUGAUUUGAACCGUGUUGUUCUUUCGGAGCACGCAUUGCGACACCCCAACGUGCAUCUGCAUUGCGCGCCUAUGCCUGAGAUGUUUGGGACGCAUCACUCCAAGAUGAUGGUCAUAUUUCGCUCCGACAACACUGCCCAAGUUGUCAUCCACACUGCAAACAUGAUCCCCAAAGACUGGACCAACAUGGCCAACGCUGUCUGGAGAUCCCCAAAGCUCCCAUGGAUCUCGGAACUGGGAAUCCGAAAUCAGCAAGCAGAGCAAUUCUCCAUCGGUAGUGGGGCGAAGUUCAAGAUGGAUUUGUUGGCUUACUUGAUGCAAUAUGACUCCCAUAGGGUUACUUGCAAACAGCUCGUAGAUCGUCUAAUCAAUUUCGACUUCUGCAGCAUACGGGCAACCCUGGUAGCCAGUGUUCCGGGCAGACACAGUUUGUGGGAUGCAAGCAGCCCGGCCUGGGGUUGGGCCGCGUUGAAGCGAGGCUUACAAGGCGUGCCUGUUGAGCCCGGGGAGUCACAAAUCGUGGUUCAAAUAUCUUCUAUUGCGACUCUUGGUGCCAAGGACGAUUGGCUGCAAAAGACGUUGUUUGACACGCUAGCCACCAGCCGGAGCCAGGAUAUGAAGAGGCCAAGCUUCAAGGUCGUCUUCCCCACUGCAGAUGAGAUCCGGAACUCGUUGGAUGGAUACGCCUCGGGGCAAUCGAUUCACACCAAGAUCAAGUCGUCGCAGCAUAUCAGGCAGCUGCACUACCUCCAUCCAAUGCUGCGCCACUGGGCCAACGACAGUGCAAAUGGAGCAGGCAAGUACUUGUCUCGAUCUUUGUCCUCUUGGCGGCCUCUUGAACAGCCGCCUACUAUUAGCGGCGAUAGCGGGCGAAACCGUGCGGCCCCGCACAUCAAGACUUAUACCCGCUUCAACCAGAACAAUUCGAUUGACUGGGCCCUGCUAACAUCGGCAAACAUGUCGAAGCAGGCGUGGGGCGAGGCACCCAAUUCCACCGGGGAUGUUCGAAUCGCUUCCUGGGAAGUUGGCGUGUUGGUGUGGCCAGGGCUGCUCUGUGAAAACGGGGUCAUGGUGAGCUCGUUCCAGUCAGAUACCCCGGGCGCAUCGCCAUUCGCAGAAGGACAACGGCCUCUCAUUGGCCUUCGGAUGCCAUAUAGCAUGCCGCUGCAGGCCUACGGGAAGGGCGAGGUACCUUGGGCUGCAACUGCGGCCCACUCGGAGCCUGAUUGGAAAGGCUUCAGUUGGACGUACACUCCCAGCGACACUGCUUAG